GAGUUCGAGGUUUCCGAUACAACUGUCCUGUUCAAAGUGGCGAAGGACUUGGGGACAGUGUUUAUGGUACUGCCAGACAACAUCAAACAGAUUGCCACAGAAACUUCAGUCAGUCGGUUGGAGAGGAGCACGCUGAUCUCCUUCCUCGAGUGCCGAUCGGAUUGGCGGCAGUGUAAAAACUCGGUGUUAGCUUCUCUGAAUGUGCGGUGA